AUAUUUUUAAUGUAUAAAUUAGAUUUUUUUAAAAAUAUUUUAAAUCUAAAUAGUAAAUUAUUCAUUCAACUUUUUAUUCUUUUUUGUUGUACAAAUUUGGUUAAAAGUCAUAAAAUAGUUAGAAGUUCACUUGAUGCGAAUUGGACACAAACAUCGUUUUUAGCAGAAACUAGCGAAUUUGUUGCAAAUACAAUUUCGAAUGGAAAUUUAUUUUGGAAUUUUGUGGAGGAACGUUUUGAUGAAAAAUAUUUAAAUUUGGAAUUAAAUAAUGACGAAAAAGAAUUUAAUUUGGCACUCAAAAUUGCUGAAAAUCUCUUGCCUGAUGGACAGGCUGGAAUUUCUCUUCUUCGAUUGUCUUUGUCGUUAAGGCUUUACUCUGCGCGUAUUCAAUUACAUAGACAAAUUGCUAAUGGUCUCUUACCAAAAUUACAAGAGAAAAAAUGUUCAGACGAUAGUCCCUUCUAUGAAAUCCAUGGAAUUGUUAGCUGUAAAUAUUCAGAAAUUGUUAAAUUACUUGAAAAGGCUAAUGAAAGAGAACCCAGCCCAAUCUAUUCUAUCGAUCAUCUUUAUCCAAUUAAUUUACCGGAAGCAAAUACUUCUCUUAUUGUCUUGUAUGCUAAUAUUGCUCGACCAAAACAUUUCCAGCAAUUUCAUAAAGAAUUCGUUAAAAUGUCAAAUAAAGGAUUAAUUAAAUACGUUUUUAGACAUUUUGAUAGAAAGGCUAUUUCAACACCUUUGGUUUCCUUAUCUGGUUAUGGAGUUGAGUUGGCUGUUAAAAGUACUGAAUAUAAAGCUUUGGAUGAUUUGGCUUUGGUAAAUAAUGAAAAAGAAAAUAAUGGAGAACAAUCUGCGUUAAAUGAUUUAGAAAUUUUAACGCCUUUGGAGAAGGAGGAACUUGAAGAUAUUGGAUUUCAGGCAGCUCAACAUAUAAUGAAUAAUUCACCUGAAAAUGUCAUUUCUUCUCUCAUGGAUUUAUCACAAAAUUUCCCUUAUAAAUCAAGGUCAUUAACAAAAAUCAAAGUCAGUCAAUCAUUUCGUGAAGAAAUUUUAUUUAAUCAACAUCAUUGGAAUAAAGAAUUAGAACUUUCUGAAGGAGAAUCUGCUCUGUGGAUAAAUGGAAUUAAUAUUGGACAUGAUCUUGAUUCUAUUGAUUUAUUUCAUCUUUUUGAAACAUUGAGACAAGAACACUUACUUGCUAAUUAUUUUAAACAAAUUGGAUACAAACGUGAAUAUUUAAAUAUUUUACAAACAAUUGAUUUGUCAGAAGAUAAAUCAAAUACAUGGGCUUUGGAUUUUAGAGAUGGCGAUCCUCAUUGGAUAAAUAAUCUAGACAAAGAUCAACAAUAUUCUGAUUGGGGUAACAGUGUUCGGUUACUUCUUCAACCAUAUUUCCCAGGAAUGAUUCGACCAAUUGCUCGAAAUUUGUUUUCUCUGGUUUGUAUUUUAAAUCCUUCUUUGCCUUCUUCUCGUGAUAUAUUAAAAACAGCAUUUUCUCUUUACAUGCACCAAGUUCCUUUAAGAAUUGGUUUUAUUUUUGUUAUUGACGAUACACCUUCAUUAGAUGGAAAAUCAAAUGUUGAAGUUGCUAUUUAUAAUAUUUUUGAAUUUAUAAAAGAAAAGAAAGGAAUAUUAAAAGCAGUUCAUUUUAUUUUAAAGAUUCACGAGGAAUUGUCAUCACCAAUUGAAGUUUCUGAUGUCCACAAAUUUUUUAAAGUACAUUUUCAAGAUUCUGAUUUUGACAAAAUUUUUGGUCUUAAUUCUGAUUACAGCAAAAAUCUUUCAACUGGAAUUAAUUUUUAUCGUCGUAGUGGACUUAAAAAAUUGCCAACAGUUUUAGUUAAUGGAAUUCCAUUAGAUAAUUUAGCAUUAGAAUCUUCUGACAGAAUUGAGGACGGAAUACUUUUUUCAAUUAUGAGACAAACAAGUUCUUUACAACGAGCAGUUAUGGAUGGAAGUUUAACAGAUAAAGAAAAUAUUUUAAAUUGGGUAAUGUCAAGGCCAGAUGUUUUGCCUAGAUUAAAUCCCAGAUUAAUUGGUAAUAAUGAUGAAGAUAAUAAUGAAAGGAAGACAUUACAACCAUUUAUUUUAAUUUCAAAUGAUGUUUCGUGUGAAGAUAAUACUUUACUUGAAAAAAUGAGCUCUCAAAAUCGAUUCAAUUGUCUGAUAAAAGAAAGGUUUUAUUUGGUUCGUUCUGAUGAAAUGCUUGAUGAAUCAAUUCAUUGGUUUACUGUUUGGUUAGUCACAGAUUUAAAUUCAGUUAAAGGACAGCAAUUAUUACGUGAUGCAUUAAAAGCAUUGAAGAAAAGCAAUUAUAUGCGGUUAACCUUAAUUUACAAUGGACUUGGAAUUAAAAAGAAUUCCUGGACAAUUGCACACAUUUGUGAAGCAAUAUUGACACGUCUUUCUUCUGCGCCAGCAAAAAGAGCAUUAAAUAAAUUACUUGGAUUAGAAGAAAUUGAGAAGAUUAGUAAAGAAAUAUUUGAUGAAGAAUCUGUUGAAAAUUUAUUAAAAGAAAUUGGUGGACAUGGAAUUAAUAUAGAUCCUAUUUUGGCUGAAUUAAAGAAUGGAAAUGUUGAAAAAAGAUUGGCACUUCAAUCUGCAUUUGCUCUUAAUGAUUUGAAUUUGAUUGAAGGACAAUUAGCUGUUAUUAUAAAUUCAAAUGUUUAUGGACCUUUUGAUAAUGAUGAGAAUUUUGGAUUUGAUGAUUUUGCGUUGGCUGAACGUUUAGCUGAAAGAAAGGGUGUCAAAAAAGUCGCAGAAAUGGUUAAAGGAUGGAAAAAGAGUGACAAGAAGGUCAAAAGUCCUUCUGAUACUUUGUUACAAAUUAUUUCUUUUGUUGAAAAUUUUGCUAUACAAAAACGUCGCCAUUCUAUCGAUGUCGGAAUGGAAUUUGAAAGUUAUUAUCGUUAUGUUCUUCUUGACACACCUGCUUUUAAUCAAGAUGGGCAAUUAUUGCCUAAUGUUGCUCUUUUUGAAGGCUUACCUCACAAACAACUUCUUACAUUAAAUUUGGAUGUGCCAGAAGCGUGGAUGGUGCAGCCAAUAUGGUCUGACCACGACCUUGACAAUAUUCGAUUGGCAUUGGUCCAAAAAGAAGUUAUUGCUCGUUUCCAAUUGAGACAUAUUCUUCUUGAAGGCCAUUGCUUCGAUGAGCAAAAUGGAAGUCCUCCAAGAGGUCUUCAGUUUGUGUUAGGAACACGUGCAAAUAUAGCAAUGUUUGAUACAAUAGUGAUGGCUAAUUUGGGAUAUUUUCAGUUAAAAGCUGGACCUGGUGCCUGGAUAUUACGUCUUCGUGAAGGGCGUUCCAAAGAAAUUUAUGAAAUAAAAGGAAGUGUUGGCGCAGAAAAGACAAAAUUGGAAAACAAGUCUCAUGGUGAAUUAGAAGAAUUACACGUUCUUGUUGAAAGCUUUACUGGAAAAACAAUAAGAAUGCGUGUGGCUAAACGAAAAGGAAUGGAAAAAAGAAAUUUGUUAAGUGAAGAAAGUGAUAAAGGAAACAAUGCAGGUGAACAAUCUGAAAGGGAUGAGGAAGAUGAUGAUGAUGAAGGCUCAAUAUGGUCUAAUUUUGCGCCUAAAAAAGUUGUUGAGAAUUUGUCAAAUAAAUUAUUGGGUGGUGAAAAGUAUGAUGUUAUAAAUAUUUUUUCUUUGGCUUCUGGACAUUUAUAUGAACGUUUUUUGCGCAUAAUGAUGCUUUCGGUCUUAAAAAAUACAAAACAUCGAGUCAAAUUCUGGCUUCUCAACAAUUACCUUUCUCCACAAUUUCGAGAAUCUCUUCCAAUUUUGGGUAAACAUUACGGGUUUGAUUAUCAAUUAAUCGAAUAUAAAUGGCCACGUUGGUUACAUCAACAAACUGAAAAACAAAGGGUUAUGUGGGGUUACAAAAUUCUAUUUUUGGAUGUUUUAUUCCCUCUUGAUGUAAAGAAAAUAAUUUUUGUUGAUGCUGACCAAGUUGUCCGUGCUGAUAUGAUGGAAUUAAUGGAACUUGAUUUACAUGGAGCCCCUUAUGGAUACACACCUUUUUGUGAUAGUAGAACAUCAAUGGAUGGAUUUAGAUUUUGGAAAAGUGGAUAUUGGGCUUCUCAUUUGGCUGGACGAAAAUACCAUAUUAGCGCUCUUUAUGUUGUGGACCUUCUAAAAUUUAGACAAAUUGCUGCUGGUGAUCGCCUUAGAGGGCAAUAUCAAGGGCUUAGUUCUGAUCCAAAUUCUCUUUCAAAUUUGGAUCAAGAUUUACCGAAUAAUAUGAUACAUCAAGUUAGAAUACAUUCUUUGCCUCAAGAAUGGCUUUGGUGUGAAACUUGGUGUGAUGAUGCUUCCAAAACGAAUUCUAAAACUAUUGAUUUGUGUAACAAUCCUCAAACAAAAGAACCAAAAUUAGAAUCAGCUAUGAGAAUAAUUCCAGAAUGGACAGAAUUAGAUAACGAAAUAAAAGAAGUCUUAAUAUUAAAUAAUGAGGAUAACAAAGAAGAAAAGAACAAAAUAAUCGACAAAGAAAAGCAUAGUGAACUUUAA